AUGGAUAAAACUUGGGUUUGGUUACCAAGGAAUAGCCUUGAGUAUGAGAAAGGAGCCAGUGACUUUGUGUCUUCUUCAUCGAGCCGUUUAGGUGUUCCAGCUGAAAUGUUCUGCCCUUGUGUUGAUUGCCGCAAUGUCUGCCAUCAGUCUAGUGAUACAGUUUUCGAGCAUCUUGUGAUUAGAGGGAUGGAUCCGAAGUACAAGAUUUGUAAAUUCUGGUCUAAACACGGAGAUAUAAGGCCUGAUAAGCCAUGUGAUAUCAACUCGUCUGAGAAUGAGGCGUAUGAGUUGUUUAGAACAGCUUUCAUGGCAAGUGAAGACCAUCAGUCAGCUCAGCAGGAGAGUGCAGAGGCGUUUGCGGGUAUUGACAGACUAGAAGAACCUGAGUUCAGAAAAAAAUUGGAGGAUGCAGAAACUCCGUUGUACUCUCAGUGUGCUAAAUACACGAAGGUUGCUGCGAUCAUGGGACUCUACAAGAUUAAGGUCAAAAGUGGGAUGUCUGAGAGCUAUUUUGAUCAGUUAUUGGCGUUAAUUCAUGACAUGCUUCCGAAGGAGAAUGUGCUACCUAAGUCUACAGAUGAGGUUAAGAAAUUUCUGAAACAGUUUGGGUUUGGAUGCAGUGAAUCAAGAUGGGAGAAGGAUAAGCAUACUGGUGAAGAGAAGAAAGGGAUUCCGGCUAAGGUGCUUAGGUAUUUUCCGAUAAAAGACAGGUUCAUAAGAAUGUUUAGAUCAAAGCGUUUGGCGGAGGACUUGUGUUGGCAUUCCUCAAAUACUUCUACCGAUGGAACUAUGCGACAUCCAGUGGAUUCAGUGACUUGGGGUCAGAUUAACAGCAAAUGGCCGGAGUUUGCUGCUGAAGCAAGAAACCUAAGACUAGGUAUCUCUACUGAUGGCAUGAAUCUGUUCUCCAGCCAGAACACCAAGUAUAGCACAUGGCCUGUUCUCUUAGUCAACUACAACAUGGGCCCGACUCAGUGCAUGAAAUCCGAGAACAUUAUGUUGACAAUGUUGAUACCUGGCCCAACCGCACCAAGCAACAACAUUGACGUCUAUCUCCAGCCACUGAUAGAGGACCUGAAGAGUUUGUGGACAGAAGGUAUGGCAGUGUAUGAUUCGUUUAAGAAGGAGAGUUUCAAUCUUAGAGCUAUGUUGAUGUGGAGUAUCACCGACUAUCCUGGUUUAGGUACAUUAGCUGGCUGUAAAGUGAAGGGGAAGCAAGCCUGUAAUGUCUGUGGCAAGGAUACACCGCAUAUGGGGAACAUGAAGCGUCUCAUGCCUAAUCAUCCUAAUAGAAGAAGGAAAAGAUGGUUUGACAACACGGUGGAGCUUGGUACUGCAAAUAGGAUUCAGAGUGGUGCUGAAAUCUGUGAUAGUCUUAGGGAUUUUAAAAACGACUUUGGGAAAAAGUUAAGUAAGAAGAGUAAGCGAAAAAGGACAACAGGAGAUGAGGAUGAUGUUGUUUCAGCUGACGAGUACGAAGAAGAUGAUGAUCUCUGGCGGUGGAAGAAAAAAUCAAUUUUCUUUGACUUACCUUAUUGGAAGGAUAUGCCUGUUAGGCAUAACAUAAAUGUUAUGCACGUGGAGAAGAAUGUCUCUGAUGCAUUGCUAUCUAUUCUGAUGCAUAGUGGGAAAUCAAAGGAUGGCCUCAAAGCAAGAAAAGAUUUAGAAGACAUGGGUAUUAGAAGCAACUUACAUACAGAGAUAAGGGGAAAGAGUACUUACUUGCCUCCAGCUGUGUAUUGA